AUGACAUUGAUUUCCAAUGUAUUGAAUGGUGACACCACCAGCAAUCAUAAUAGGAACAAUAUUAGCCUCCCUGUUGACAUUUCAAGCCUUUCUAUAUCGUCGCUAUCUGACUACCACGUUUUCGAUUAUUCUGCGAAGGACCUACAGCGUGAACAAGUGAUCGAUCUCCUGGAUCAACAAGGUUUUAUUCCUGACGAGUUAAUAGAAUAUGAGGUUAAUUGGUUUUACAAUUCCUUAGGAAUCGAUGACUUGUUUUUCUCAAAAGAAAAACCAGAAAUGGUGGCUAAUUUAAUUAACUCACUUUAUGCUUCAAAAUUGGAUUCAUACAUUAAAUUGAAUCUUUACAAAUCUCCUGAACAUGUAACUUCAGAGAAAGAACGUCUCCAACAACAACUCGAUAAAAGUGAAGACGAUUCAAAAGGUAAACGUAAGGGUGUUCAUAAGUGUUUCAAUAUUAAGAACAAAAUUUUUAAAGAUCCAGGAACUAAUCAUGCUAUUCUAAUGGAAUCAAAUUCCGACGGUAAAACAAAUUCAAGGGACUUAUUGUCCUUUCCUGCUUAUGAAUUGGAUACCGAGGUAGACAAUCUAUUUCUUGAUAAUAAACUGAAGCCUUGUCCCAGAUUAUUGUCAUUUUGGUCUCCGGAAAGUGAAUUGAAAUUAACAUUCAUUUAUGAUACACAAUUUCCGGAACCACCUGAUAUCGACGGUCAUGGUACCUAUAUUACCCCCGAGCAGUUAGCUAACGGCGAUAUUGACAGUAUUAGUGAUUUAACCUUAUCAACGAUGUCUUCUAUUGAAAAUAAAAAGCUUUACGGUCGUUUGCUAAACUUGGUACAGGAACGAGAAGGUCCUAUCAUAAAAACUGCCCAUUCGGUUGAAAAUAAGGAUGAAAUUAGACUACUUGUCGCUUAUAAAAGAUUUACAACCAAAAAUUACUACUCUUCUCUAAAUUCUUUAUUCCAUUAUUAUAAAUUGAGACCAUCAAAGUUUUAUGUUGAAUCUUUUAAUCUAUCUAAGGCAACUAAUGUUAUCAUUUUUUCAAUUUAUUUAAACAAGUCACAACAAUGUCCAUCUCUUUUACCUCAUGAUUUAGAAUUAUCAAUAAAGCAAAUUGAAAGAGAAGCUUCGUUAUUGUAUACAAUUCCUAACCAUUCAUUUAUAAAAGUGUUUGAACAACGUCAAUUUUCUCCACAGGAGGCAAUAUACGCACAUAUUGGUUCAAUUUUCAUAAAUCACUUUAUUAAUCGAUUAGGCUCUGACUAUAAUAAUUUACUCAAUGCUUUAAACCCAAAAGCUAAUGAUACUUGCACUCUGGAAAUUAUUACCAACUUCAAAAAAAAAUUAAGAAAUGAAACGUUUACUCAAAUAAUGAUUAAUAAUUGUUUGAUGAAACACUAUAAGAUCGUAUCCAAAUUGUAUAAAAAUUUUGCCGAAACACAUUACUAUCAGAAUGUCAAUGAAAAUAUCGAAGCAACUUUAUCAUACAAGAGAUUAUCAAAAUUGGAACCAUUCCAGAAUGAUCAGGAAUUUGAAGCCUAUUUGAAUAAAUUUUUACCAAACGAUUCACCUGAUUUAUUAAUUCUUCAAACGUUAAACCUUUUCAAUAAAUCGAUUUUAAAAACUAAUUUUUUCUUCACAAGGAAAGUUGCCAUCUCCUUCAGGUUGGAUCCUAAGAUAAUUAUGCCCAUAAUUGAAUAUCCAGAGAUUCCCUAUGGUAUAUUUUUUAUUAUUGGUAGUACUUUCAAAGGAUUUCAUAUCAGAUUUAGGGAUAUUGCCAGGGGUGGCAUAAGAAUAGUCUGCUCAAGGACUCAAGACAUUUUUGACGUAAACUCGAAAAGUGUCAUCGACGAAAACUAUCAACUGGCUGCUACACAACAAAAGAAAAAUAAAGAUCUUCCAGAAGGUGGCUCUAAAGGUGUCAUUUUACUUAAUCCAGGGUUAAUAGACAAAGCUGAAACAUUCAUCGCGUUUACACAGUAUAUUGAUGCAUUGAUUGAUAUUUUAAUUCAAGAUCCAUUAAAGGAGAACUAUAUUGAUUUAUUAGAUAAGGAAGAGAUCCUAUUCUUAGGUCCUGAUGAAGGCUCUGCUGGGUUUGUAAACUGGGCUACCCAACAUGCUCGUAAGAGAGGUUGUCCAUGGUGGAAAUCAUUUUUAACAGGUAAAAGUCAAUCAUUAGGUGGUAUACCACAUGACAAAUAUGGUAUGACCUCAAUCGGUGUCAGAAGUUAUGUAGAAAAAAUCUACGAUACUUUGAAUUUGUGGAAAUCAAAAAUAGCCAAAUUCCAAACUGGUGGACCAGAUGGAGAUCUAGGAUCAAAUGAAAUUUUACUCUCCAGCGACAAUGAAGUUUAUGUUGGUAUCCUAGAUGGCUCUGGUGUUCUCUGUGAUCCUAAAGGUAUUGACAAGGACGAAUUGAAGAGGUUGGCCUCUUUCAGGAAAACUGUAUCCAACUUUGACUUGUCAAAAUUGAGUAAAUUAGGUUUCUUUGUUUCAAUUGAUGAUAUGGAUAUUAUGCUACCAAAUGGAACCAUAGUUGCUAAUGGCACAACAUUUAGAAACAUUUUCCACACGCAAAUUUUCAAGUUUGUUGACCAUGUUGAUCUUUUUGUUCCUUGUGGUGGGAGACCUAACUCUAUCAACUUAACCAAUUUAAAUAGUUUUAUUGAUGACAAAACUGGUAAAUCCAAAAUCCCUUACAUAGUAGAAGGUGCCAACCUUUUCAUAACUCAACCAGCAAAAGUCGCACUAGAAUCUCACGGUUGUAUACUAUUCAAAGAUGCAUCAGCAAAUAAGGGUGGUGUUACCUCAUCCUCUUUAGAGGUUUUAGCUUCCUUGGCAUUAGAUGACAAUGAUUUUGUCAACAAAUUCAUUGGAAGUGAAGUUAACAAAACUACCACUAAGCUAUAUAAUAACUACGUUAAUGAAGUUCAACAAAAAAUCAGGUUUAAUGCACAACAAGAAUUUACACAGUUAUGGAAGGUUAACCAAGCAACAGGUAUUCCAAUAUCGGAAGUAUCCAACACCCUGUCGUCGACAAUUAAUAAGCUCAAUGACGAUCUCGUAGCAUCUGAGGAGUUGUGGUUAAAUGAUAUCAAAUUAAGAAAUUAUCUAUUAUUGAACAAAAUUAUACCAAACUUACUUAUUGAAGUGGCAGGCCCGAAGAAGAUUCUGGAAAAUAUCCCUGAAGCAUAUUUGAAAGUGCUAUUAUCUAGUUACCUGGCAAGCUCAUUUGUUUAUGCGAAUGGUAUCGAUGUGAAUAUUGGCAAGUUCUUAGAAUUCAUUGGAGAGUUAAGAAGAGAUGCUGAUAAUAUAGUCAAGCUAUAA